UUAAUUGACUAGCCGUAGUUAACGUAGCAGACCGCAUUGAUCAGUGCGUAGACGUUUAGCUCAAGUACAGUUUUUGGUAUAAUGUUAGCUGCUAGUACUACGUUAAAUGUAAGCGGAGCUAACCUAGCUAGCAAGCUAACUAUGUUUUCACGUUUUCAACUCAAUGUUAGGUAGCCAGCGAGCCCUUACCAACGUUACGGAAAUAAAUGGAGGGACACCAGGGCGAUUAAGUGGCACAACACCCUCCCAACAGCGCUGCAUGAGAGAUGUCUGGACGUGUGUACGCCAGCAUCCUUCAAAGAGCUUCAAGCUACACGCUCACACUUUCCUCUAAUCCCCCUCACACGUACACCCACCUUGCAGCACUUCGGUCUUCUCAGCCUCGACCAGCCCACCACUGUCACUUCUCAUCCUUGGGCACCUUCAGAUCAGACCAGCUGUGUUCCAGUGGUGAGAAAUCAAGGAAUGGGUCUCGGAGUGAACGACACCUCUCCACUCGUCAGGAUCUAGACUUCCAGCUCAGCCAAGUCCAAAUUAACAGUAUUCUGCGAUCUAAUGAGCAGACUGUGAGUGUGCCAGAGUUUGAUGGCAGAGGACUCAAUGCUGUGAGAAAGUUUGAGAGCAACCAGCUGGCUGCUAACACACCUAAUGAGGACCGUCGAAGUGCAGCCAUCUGCUUACAGUCAAAGGGCAUUCUGUUUGGAGUGUUUGAUGGCCAUGGGGGUUGGGCAUGCGCACAGGCUGUCAGUGAGCGGCUGCUCUACUAUGCUGCAGUUGCAAUGAUGCCAAAACAGAGCCUGGAGGAGCUUGAGAAAUGCAUGGAGCACAGCAGGCCUGUGCCUCCCAUCUUGCAGUGGUACAAACAUCAUGCAGACUUUAACUAUCGUGAAUCUGCCUCGCUCUACAUUGAACACCUCAGAGUCUUCUGGCAAGAAUUGCUGGACAACGAGGAACAUAGUGAAGGCAUGAGCCCUCCAGAUGCUCUGGAUUGCGCUUUCAGACGACUGGAUGCUGACAUCUCCUUGGAGGCUCAAGUCCCUCUUUCCAAUGACCUUAUGAAAAGCACAGCCAUCCAGGUUGCUUUUGCCGGUUGCACUGCCUGCGUGGCCCACAUUGGUACAGAUGGGAUCCACGUGGCGAAUGCAGGUGACUGCCGAGUGGUAUUAGGGGUGCAGGAAGAGGACGGGUCAUGGACUGCUUUGCCCCUUUCUCAGGACCACAACUCACAGAACGAUACUGAGGUGGAGCGGAUCAAGGCCCAGCACCCACCCUCAGAGAGAGACACCUUGUUCACAGAUGACAGACUGCUCGGGGUUCUGAUGCCCCUACGUGCUUUUGGUGACGUGAGAUUCAAGUGGAGCCGUGAAUUGCAGCAGAGCAUUUUAGCCAGCCUAGAAUCUGGAGUGGACCAGGACUCUCUCAACCUGUACCAGUACACUCCACCAAACUACCUAACACCACCCUAUCUGGAUGUGGCACCUGAGAUAACCUAUCACAAGCUGAGGCCUCAGGACCACUUCCUGAUUCUUGGUACUGAUGGGUUGUGGGAUGAAUUAGGGAGCCAGGAGGCUGUGCGGCUCAUUGGAGAGCACCUGAGUGGGAUUCAUCUGCAGGCUCCAGUUUCUCCAUCUGAGAGGCAGCUGAAAUUAGGUCAGAUGCACGAACUCUUGCUGAAACGCCAGGCCCGUGCCUCCCCUGCAAUAGACACCAACGCUGCCACGCACCUUAUCAGACAUGCUCUUGGCACUGGCGAGUAUGGAGAACUCUGCCAGGAGAGGCUGGCCUCUAUGCUCGCUUUGCCGGAGGACCUGGCUCGAAUGUACCGGGACGAUAUCACAGCUACUGUGGUUUAUCUGAAUUCAGACUUGGCCAGACCUCACCACAGCUAACAGGAAGUUUUUGACAACUCAGGAACUCACAUGUCGUUUUCUGGAUAUUUUAGCACAAAGAUUACAUAAAUUGAUUUAUAAAUAUUUUUGAAAUGAAGCACUUAUUUCAGUGUUGUUUUAUGCACAGGUACUUAUAAAAAGUACUUAUCCAUUAACAUAGUCAUAAUUGUUGCAUCAGUCAGGUCAAAACUACAGUUUAUUUUUUAAAUUUUUGCUCCUUUGGUGUAUUCAUAAUGGUCAAUUUGUAAAUGUCACCUGCAGCUGCAUGGGAUAAGUGGAAAUGACAUUAAAUACAAGGUUACAGAUUAAUGUAGACACACUUUGUUCGUUGUUUGUAGUUUUGUUUGCUUUUCUUGCAGUACCCUUUAGGCAAUCCAUCUGUGGCAUUUUCCUUCUGUUUACUUGUUGGUUUUUCUUUACUUAUGUGAAACCUGUGAAGUAUACUUUUAAUUUUGUGUAAAUGUGUGGCUGUUAGAUGGAUUUAAGUAUCGUUUAUUGGAAGACUGAUGCAGAUGCUUUAUAUUAAACUGUUGAGAAAUG